AUGGAUAAUCUCUCGCUUGGCGUCAUUCAGCCGCCCCCGGAAAGCUGCGACGAAAGAGAGAAGCCGCUGAACUUAAAACCAGAAUCAGAAGAUGAAUCAGAAACGGAAUCAGAAGAGGAAACAGACGAUGAUGAAUCAAUAUCGGAGAAAGCAAAAGAGGAAUUAGAGUUCUACUUGAAUUGGGAAUCAAAGCCAAUUGAAUAUCUGCAGGAAAAGUUCGACGAUGAUCCUUUUUUCUGUGUUUUUUCAUGUAAGAACUAUUGUUAUAAGAAUAAAGCGAUGAUAAAAAAAGAAGAGGAUAGUAAAAAGGCAGUGACUGAGUAUUUGGAUAAAUCUCCUAACCUAAGUCCCUUUAAUGCUAUCCCUAUUCCAUGUUUGGCAAAUGUAUGUGACAAUAACUUUCCAAGACCAAUUUCCCUUAGGGAAUAUAAUCGACCGCAUUUCAUUCAACUCUGCAAACUUGCUUUGGAUUACUAUAAUCAUCACAAUCAGGGUUUGAAUUAUAUGUUUGAAGACAUUGUGAAGGUAACCGGGCGGCGUAUUCCUUUUGCUACUCGUUACAUUACCUUUAUAGCAAAACUUAACGAUUGGAUCCAGCAGCCUGCUAUAACUUUUCAAGCCGAAGUAUGGGACAAAAUGACUUCACUCGGACCACCAAUUGUCAAGUCAUGUUCCAUUAAAGACUACUAA